AUGGUUUAGGCCUUUAUUCUUUUUAUAAUCGCAAUUAUUCAAAUCAAUAAUUGUUAACAAAUCGACAAAUAAAGUUAGAAUUUGUAGAGCGAUUCAAUGAUGACAAUCCUCAUAUAUGGAGAGGGGACUAAUCAAGAUCUUUAGUCCAACAUUGGAAGUGCUUUGCUACAGAAUUAUCCUAACUAUGAGAUUUUAGUGGCAGUGUCGAGCUAAUAAACUAUUGAUCAAAUUCAGCAAUAUGUUGAGCAGAACUAUACCUAAUAAAAGCACAUAAAAAUCAAGUAUAUUGCUCAUAUAGAGGCAAAUGACUUUGUGGGUAUCAUUAAGGACUUUAUUGAUCAAAUAAAUGGAGAGUUCAUAGUCUUAUCUCACAUCUUAACUCAAAGUAAGCCUGAGAGACUACAAAUUGUUUCUUAAAUGGCAAAAAGUCAAAACUUUUAGGCACUUUUGUCAGAUAUAUCAAUAUAUGAAAAUGAAGGGGGAUGGUUUCCAACUUGCAAUAGGGGCUUAAUUUAAAGAGAAUAUAAAAGAGGUCUUGACUAUCUACUGUUUACUAAAUAUCCAAAGUUUGAAUUUCAAAUGAUUUUAAGGAAAUCCUACUUUUAAAUAAUUUCACAACAUUCAAAGCAUCUCAAUAGAUUCGAUUUUUUGAACUCAAUGAUUUCUAUAUAAGAACCCAUUGAGAUCAAUCAUUACUUAGUCAACAUCUCAGUAUCAAAUUAUCGGUACAAGUAUACAAGUGACUAUAUUCUCAUUUCGCAGAAAGAUAGAAUCAAGUUUUAGCAUUAUAAUAGAUACCUAUAGAGCAAAUACUAGUAAAAGGUUAAUAAAUAUCCAAGUCAAUAUCCACUUGUCUCAAUUGCUAUGGCAAGUUAUAACAGGGAUCACCUUUUGAUCUAAGCUGUCAAUAGUAUAAUAGAAUAGACCUACACUAACUGGGAGCUUCAUAUUGUUGAUGAUGGCUCUCAUAACUUACUUACCUUACAAAUUCUUUAGUUUUUGCAAAGUAUUCCAAGAAUAAGAGUUUCGUAUCUUUAUACAAACUAGCAAUGCACAUUUGCCCACAAUUAUGCAAUCUCUUACAUAAAAGGAGAAUUCUUUACUGUGUUUGAUGAUGACGAUAUUAUGUUAUCUGAUAGAAUAGAAAAGUAGUUGAAUUACUUAAUUUAUAAUAAAGAGUUAGACCUAGUAGGCGCAAAAAAUCAAGAAUAUGAUCCAGCAGGCACAUAUACUUGGGCCUAAAAUAGAAAUUUAUUAAAUUACUGGGAUGUAAAAAUAUCCUUGGCAACUUAAAAUAUAUUCACUCAUGGUACUGUACUCGUGAGAAUGAGUGAUAAAAUGAAAAAGCAUUUUUAUUAUGAACACACCAGCUAAUCAGAUUAUAGAUAAUGGCUUAAACUACUCUAUGAACUAGAGCAUGAAAAUAUCAAAAUGGGAUUUUAUGACGCCUAAGUAUAAGGUGUGAGAUCACAUUUCAAAAAACUUUCGCACUAUCACAAAAUAGCUAAUGAUCACAAGUCUACUUGGAUCCCUGUGAAAUAAUUAGAAGCUUUUUAAAAGUUAAGUCCAUCAUUGUUAGACCAUACUGACUUUUAAUGCUUAAGUUAAACUAUGAACGAUAUAAUUAACAAAAGAAUGCCUAUUAGAACAUGCGAAGGCUUCAAUAUUGAAAAUGUUUAAGAGUUAAUUCUUUCUCAUUAUGGCACAAAGCCAAGUCAAACUCCUUAAGAUUUAAUCGUAUUAACUGAUACUCUAAAAAGCUAUGUAGAAUUUUACAACUAAGCAUAGAUCAAAGGUUAAGUUUAAAUUAAGCCAGAUAGUAAGAAAAGAAUUUUUGCUUGCAUUUAUUUUGAUCAAAAGACUGAUAUCAUAUAAAACUAGAUUGAAUAAUUAAAAGGGCAUGUAGAUCAGUUUAUUAUUUUAUCAAUGGCGUCACUAACAUAAGAAAAAUCUUAAUCUAGCAAAUAAUUUUAGCAAUAAAUAAAGCAGAUAAUCGAAAAUAAAUACAAAACUAAAGUAAUUGAUGUAAAUGUAGAUCAAAAUAAACUUCUUGAGGACUAAUUGAUAAAAAGAUUAAAGGAACUAGGGGCUUAAGAUGAUGAUUAUGUUUUGAUAUUGAGUUAAGGAGAAUUUAUCAAUACUUAAGAGCUCAAGAAAUUUGAAAAGUUAAGAAUGCAUGUUGGUGUUUUUGGCUUGAGAUAAUUGAAUGAGACUCAGCAUUUCAAAAAAGGAAAAAUCAUAAACUUUAGGCUUUUGAAAGAAAAAGGAUUUCGGUGGAUAAGAAAUUUUGAGAUAGCUCCAGAAAUUCACAAAAAUAUGGAUGGACAGUCAGCAUGUUUAGAAUAGUCUAAAAUAGGAUAAUAAGAACUAAUUUCUAGUUAAAAGUUUGAUACAAUCUAGCAUGACACUGGAUUCGUAAAUGUCAACACAAUUCAUAACGGAGGCUACAUUUUAGAAACUAUGUCCAAACAAAUGUGGAAUUCCUUACCAUGA